GCAUCCACCACGGGGAGCCUGCAUAUGCAGCAGUGCUCUGCUCGGUUCGGACGAGGAGCUGCAGCUUUUUGCGCCCCAGCAGCAGCGGGUCUGGGAAACCGACAAGCUGUCGGAUUGAAGCAGGUUUCAAAGGACGAGGAGGGUCAGCGGGGGGUCUCUCCACACUGGGUCGGUCAGGAUGGGUAAUGGAAUCAACAAGGUGCUGUCGGACUUAUACUUGGGCAAUUUCAAAGAUGCAAGAGACCGAGAACACUUAGCCAGGAACAACAUCACACACAUCCUGUCCAUCCAUGACAGUGCAGCUCCAAUCCUCCAGGAGAUGACCUAUCUCUGCAUUUCAGCAGCUGACCUGCCCACACAAAACCUUACUCAGCACUUUAAACAAAGUAUAAUGUUCAUGCACGAGUCUCGCCUCAAAGGAGAGGGCUGCCUCGUUCACUGUUUGGCAGGUGUGUCCCGCAGUGUGACCCUGGUGAUAGCUUACAUCAUGACAGUGACAGGCCUGGGCUGGCAGGAGGCGCUGGCUGCCGUGAAGGUGGUCCGACCAUGUGCCGGCCCCAACCUGGGAUUUCAGCGGCAGCUCCAGCAGUUUGAAGCGACUCAGGCUGAUGAGUUCAGAGAGUGGCUACGGGACGAAUAUAAGGACAACCCCUUCAGUGAUGAGGCCGACAUACGGGACCUGCUUGCCAGAGUGUCCAAAGUCAAUGGCGAAGAGUUGAACCAAAAGGUGUCUCCCCCACCUGGAGGUACCUGACCAGAAAUGUUCAUGAGCUCUUUAGUAGCCGAGUCUGGACGGUUACACCAGUGUGUGAUGCUUCAGUAUCUGGACUCGUCUGGAAGUCGAACACGCUUACGGAUUGGACCACUGUCAGGAUGUUUAAUGCUGCUGGAACAAUCCUCUAAAUGGACAUAAACACUGAAACCAUAUCUGGACAUAUAUUAACCAGAGCAUAUAUAAAACAAUUUAUUUCUUGCAUUAGUUUAAGCUUUUGUUGCGUUUUUUUCUAAUUUAUAAAUGUCAUUAACUGUGUUUUGUGAACAGUGAUAUAAAAGCGAGUAAAGGGAA